AUGAUUUUCAGGAAUAUUUUGUUCAAUGCAAUUUACAAAUUUGAAUUUAUCAAGAAAAAAGCUCAGUGGGCUUUAAACUGGAUAGCCGAUGAGAAAGCUUCGUACGCUGAACGACUGAUCGCUUUUGCUGCUGUUGAAGGAAUAUUUUUCUCUGGAAGUUUUGCUGCAAUAUUUUGGCUCAAGAAACGCGGUUUAAUGUCUGGUUUGACGCACAGUAACGAGUUGAUUUCAAGAGACGAGGGGUUGCAUCGAGAUUUUGCAUGCUUGAUGUUCAGUUAUAUCAAAAAUAAACCGUCAAUUGAGAAAAUUAAUGCAAUUGUCCGUGAAGCAGUUGAUAUUGAAAAGGAAUAUCUAACCGAAGCUCUGCCAGUGAAUCUGAUUGGUAUGAAUUGUCAACUGAUGUGCCAAUAUAUCGAAUAUGUGGCCGAUCAUUUGCUUACCGAACUGAAAUGCCCGAAGAUAUAUCAUUCGCAGAAUCCGUUCGAUUUCAUGGAGCGUAUUUCGAUCGAGGCAAAGACGAAUUUCUUCGAGAAACGAGUCAGCGAAUAUCAGAAAGCUGGUGUUUUGAGCAACGAAGAAGGAAACAGCUUCUCGCUGGAUUCGGAUUUUUAA